AUGUCCUCCUCGUCGCACUCGCUCGAGGAGAAGGACAAGGAAUGGCGGAUAGGAGACCCUGAGGAGGUGGCUCGAGACACCAAAGAAUAUGAACCCAUCAAGACGGAGCCUCUGCAGACCGAGACCGAGACCGAGACCGAUUUAGAGGCCAAUGCCGACGGCCGCAGUUCACGAAGAAACCUCUCCCAGAUACAGAGUCGCAGCAGCGCCUACUCGGAUGUGAGCAGCCACAGCACGGUUGCGAAGAGCUCCACCAUCGGGAAACGGAAAUGGUACAAGAAUGUGAAUCCCCUAAGGUGGGGCGCGAAACCACCUGUACCAGAGACUAGGACGGUCUGCCCCGAGUACCAGGCAGGAUGGUUCAGUCGCCUGACUUUCCAGUGGAUGUCUCCGCUCAUGACUGUCGGCUACAAGCGGCCCCUCGAACGAAACGACAUAUGGACCGUGAAUCCAGACCGAAGUACUGAUGUUAUGGUGGAGCGGCUUCAGAAAUCGUUCAAGCAGCGGAGAGAAGGCGGCGGCAAACGCCCACUCGUUGGAGCCCUCUACGACACCUUCAAAUGGGAGUUCAUCAUCGGCGGAAUUUGCCAGCUCCUUGCCAGUUUGGUCCAAGCCCUGGCACCCUAUGUUCUCCGAUACCUUAUCAAUUUCGCUCUGAAGGCAUACGUCGCCCAACGCAGAAAUGUCCCCGAGCCAAAUAUAGGGGAGGGCAUAGGUCUUGUCAUUGGUAUUACGGCUAUGCAAUUCGUCCAGAGUAUGGCCACCAACCACUUCAUGUACCGGGGCAUGAUGGUUGGAGGAGAGGCAAGAGCUGUGCUGAUAGCCGUGAUAUUCGACAAGGCAAUGAAACUGUCCGGCCGUGCAAAGGCGGGUGGUGCCGCCAUCCUGGAAGCUCCGCCCGCGGAUAUCAAACCGGGCAGUCAAGAGGAACGGAAAUGGUAUAAGAAGCUACUGAAGCGGAAGCAGAAAGAGUUAAACAACCCUAACGCAAAUAACGGUGUCGCCGGUGAUGGCCAUGGUUGGGGCAACGGAAGAAUCAUCAACUUGAUGUCCACCGACACCUACCGAGUCGAUCAGGCUAGUGGUUUCUUUCACAUGAUCUGGACCUCGCCUGUCGCCAUCCUAGUGACAGUUGCCUUGCUCAUUGUCAACCUGACUUACAGCGCCUUGUCUGGUCUCGGUUUCCUCCUCAUCGUAAUGCCCCUUCUUGGUCGAGCCAUUCGAAGCCUCUUCCGUCGAAGAAUGGCCAUCAAUAAGAUUACCGAUCAGCGCGUCAGCCUCACGCAGGAAAUCCUCCAAGCAGUCCGCUUCGUGAAGUACUUCGCCUGGGAAAUGAGUUUCCUCGAGCGUGUAAACGCUAUUAGGCAACGAGAGAUUCGCGGAGUCCAGGUCCUUCUCGCCAUAAGAAACGGAAUCAUGGCUGUUGGGAUGUCGAUGCCCGUCUUUGCAUCCAUGUUGUCAUUCAUCACGUACUCCCUCUCCGGUAAUAAUCUUAAUCCGGCGCCGAUUUUCUCCUCCCUGGCGCUGUUCAAUUCUCUCCGUAUUCCUCUUAAUUUUCUUCCGCUGGUCAUUGGCCAGGUUAUCGAUGCCAAUGCUUCAAUCAAGCGCAUCCAGGAGUUCCUUUUGGCCGAAGAGGCGGAGGAGACUGCUGAAUGGGACUAUGACGCGAAGGAUGCUGUUGUUCUGAAGGACGCCGACUUCACCUGGGAGCGUCAUCCGACGCAGGAUAAGGAGGACGUUGAGGGUGUUGGCAACGAGCAAAGAGUAGGAAAGGAGAAAGCAAAGAAGAAGAGCAAGCGGAGCCACAAGCGGACCGGAAGCGGCGCCGACUCUCCUUCGACUCCUGAUUCGCCCACAGAGGAUGAGAAGCCGUUCGAGCUGAAGGAUCUGAACAUUUCUAUAGGACGUAAAGAGCUUGUAGCCCUCAUUGGCAGUGUGGGUUCUGGCAAGAGUUCGUUACUCGGCGCCCUAGCUGGUGAUAUGAGAAAGACGCAGGGCCAUGUUACGAUUGGGGCCUCCCGUGCGUUCUGUCCCCAAUACGCGUGGAUACAGAAUGCCACUGUGCGCGAGAACAUUGUUUUCGGCAAGGAGUUCGACCAGAAGUGGUAUGACCAGGUGAUUGAUGCCUGCGCCCUACGACCUGAUCUGGAGAUGCUACCCAACGGCGAUCUGACCGAGAUUGGUGAACGGGGUAUUACUGUGUCAGGAGGCCAAAAGCAACGGAUGAACAUUGCUCGCGCCAUCUACUUCAACGCCGACAUCAUUCUGAUGGACGAUCCACUUUCAGCUGUGGAUGCGCACGUCGGACGACACAUUAUGGAUAAUGCCAUCUGCGGACUGUUGAAAGACAAGUGUCGAAUCCUGGCUACACACCAGCUGCAUGUUCUCAAUAAGUGUGACAGGAUCAUCUGGGUUGACGAGGGUCGCAUCAGGGCGGUCGACACCUUCGAUAACCUGAUGGCGAGUAAUGAAGGAUUCCAGAAGCUCAUGACUAUGACGGCCGAAGAAGAGGAGAAAGAGGAAGAGGAGGAAGCUCUCGAGGGCGAGGGUGGGGAAGAGAAGAAGGUUGCGAAGAAAAAGAAAAGCAAGAAGCAGCGCUCCACUGCGCUCAUGCAAGAAGAGGAUCGAGCUGUCAAGAGUGUUGCUUGGAGCGUUUGGAUAGCGUACAUCAAAGCUGGGGGUGGACUAUGGGUGGCCCCACUGGUAUUGCUCCUUCUCAUCUUGUCUCAAGGAGCGAAUAUUUCGACGAGUCUGUGGCUCUCUUGGUGGACGUCGAACAAGUGGGGCUAUGCCCAAGGCACAUAUAUUGGUGUAUAUGCCGCCCUCGGUGCCUCACAGGCCAUCCUUCUGUUCGCCUUCUCAGUCUCUGUCUCCAUUUAUGGCACUGAGGCGGGCAAGGUCAUGCUAUAUAGGGCCAUUUACCGCGUACUUCGGGCUCCUAUGUCCUUCUUCGAUACUACACCUCUCGGACGGAUCACCAACCGCUUCUCCAAGGACGUUGACGUUAUGGACAAUGCCCUCACGGAUGCAAUGCGCAUGUACUUCCUGACCCUCGCUAUGAUUAUCUCGGUCUUUAUUCUCAUCAUUUCCUAUUACUAUUAUUACGCUAUUGCAUUGGGACCGCUGUUUGUACUAUUCAUGUUCUCUGCGGCCUACUACCGUGCAUCUGCGCGCGAAGUCAAGAGACAUGAAUCUGUCCUGCGAAGCACCGUCUUUGCGCGAUUCGGCGAAGCAGUCAUUGGAACUCCGACGAUCCGCGCAUAUGGACUGCAGAACCAGUUCUCACGGUCUGUACGUGAGGCCAUCGAUGACAUGAACAGUGCUUACUACCUGACAUUCGCCAACCAACGUUGGCUCAGCGUUCGGCUCGAUGUCAUCGGUAUCCUGCUUGUCUUCACCACGGGUAUUCUGGUCGUCACAUCUCGUUUCUCUGUCGAUCCCAGCAUCGCAGGACUUGUCUUGUCAUACAUUCUCGCCAUUGUGCAGAUGAUUCAGUUCACCGUGCGACAGCUCGCCGAGGUGGAGAACGACAUGAACUCGACCGAGCGUAUCCAUCACUAUGGCACUCAACUGGAGGAGGAAGCGCUUCUCCAUACGGUACAAGUUCGACCGACAUGGCCCGAGCAUGGCGAGAUCAUCUUCGACAAUGUGCAGAUGCGGUACCGGGAGGGCUUGCCGUUGGUGCUCAAGGGCCUCACGAUGCACGUCAAAGCCGGCGAACGCAUCGGCGUAGUCGGCAGAACCGGAGCAGGAAAAUCGAGUAUUAUGAGUACUCUCUUCCGCCUGGUCGAACUCUCGGGCGGCUCCAUCACCAUUGACGGCGUCGAUAUCAGCACCAUAGGCCUACACGACUUGCGUUCCAAACUCGCCAUUAUCCCCCAGGACCCUACUCUGUUCAAAGGAACCAUACGUUCCAACCUCGACCCCUUCAACGAGCAUUCCGAUCUCGAACUGUGGUCGGCGCUGCGACAGGCUGACCUCGUCUCCAAUGAGGCAACCAUGGAGGACAAAUCCGGGCGCAUCCACCUCGACUCGGUCGUCGAGGAAGAAGGGCUCAACUUCUCGCUCGGUCAACGACAACUCAUGGCGCUCGCGCGCGCCUUGGUACGUGGCUCGCAAAUCAUCGUCUGCGACGAAGCCACGUCGUCGGUCGACUUUGAGACGGACCAAAAGAUCCAGCAGACGAUUGUGGAAGGCUUCAAGGGAAAGACGCUGCUUUGCAUUGCGCAUCGGUUGAAGACGAUUAUCGGGUACGAUAGGAUUUGCGUCAUGGAUCAGGGGGCGAUUGCGCAGUUGGAUACGCCGAUUCGGCUUUAUGAGGCUGGCGGGAUCUUUAGGAGUAUGUGCGACAGGAGUGGGAUUAGGAGGGAGGACUUUGGGGAUGCGUGA